GCUCACAAAAGGUGUACAUGGUGAAUGCGCAACUCGCUUCAUUUAUUCUGUUGAAUCCUGUUAUUGGUGAUCUCUCCGUUCCUUGUACAAGUAGACACAACCGGCACGGUCUGGUGGUCUGCCAGCGCGGUCGCAAGCAUCACCUGAAUCCCGGGAGCAACCCCAGGAGCAGCCACAGCCAGCACACCAGCAACGCCAUCAGCAGCAACAGUAGCAGAAGCCUUCGUGGACAAGCAUGGACCGCAGUCAAGCACCAAUUUCACAGCAUGCAGAAUUAGAACCUCCACUCGUCCAGGGUCAGCUGGAAGAAGCGAUGCUUUCGAGAGAAAAGCUGCUUGAAACGCUCAAGGCCCACAAACGUGAAGAGCAGCAAUUACAGGCUGAAAUGGAUGCUAAAGAUUUAGAAAUUCAAAAUCUCAAGGAACAAUUGGGGCUCGGGCCGGAUGAAAAAUUGAAGGACCUGAAACCUGAAGAGCAGCAAUUACGGGCUGCCGACGUGAACCAGAGAGCAUGCAUUGACGUGAAAACGUUUUCAAGGGCACCGAAAGAAAGAGCGCAACACGAAGCAGCUCAUGAGAAGAAGCAAAGGGAGGAACUCCCCCAGAUGUUUGGUAACGUCAUGCUACCGGGCAUGGGUGCCACUGGCACUCUCUACUCCUUCGCCACAUCGCAGUGUUUUCCGGGUGGCACAGGAACUCAACAUACUUCGGGAAGCGGUUCAGGUUAUUAAUGCUCUCGAUGAAAAGAUCAUAAGCCAAAACAUGGACACUGGGGCUGAAUUCGUGAAGCAGGGUGAGGAAGAGAAGGCCAGGAACCAGGGAAUUAGUUUUGCCUCUGGCGGUGCUGGUCAGUUUGAGGACGACUACGACGAUGACAGUUCCGACGGUGGACAGGAAAAAUAAAUAUUCAAAUAAAAAUGACAUUGAUUAAAAUGUUCGUGCGAUGACAGUGUGCCUGCUGCUGCCGUAUGGUGAAUCGGUCUCACAGAUAGGCUGCUGUGCCUCAGACUGAGUUAGAAUAUCUGGGCUCCUGGCUGCAGAUGCGGGGGCAUUACAUGACUGUCGAUGCUAUGAACAAGAUGAGCUCCUUGAGCUGUCUACUAUUUGAAUCCUAGAACUACCAAAAUUUCAACUACCCUAGAAGUACCGGAGGCAUCAUAUGACUCCACGGGACUUAAGCAUACCUCCUUGGAAUUAUUUUCGGCAAUAUGUGUAGAAACAGAAGUCCUUGGGGUAAAAGGUACCUUUUAAAAGGAAGAACCAAUGACAGGUGCAGCAUCUUGGAGACCAGCAGCUGGCAUUAUAGCAUGGCUGCUGCGGGCCUCCUGGCAUAUUAUCACUCUUUUAGUAUUGACUCCCAUUGACCAAUACCUAAGCAGUUGUAUUUCUUCAUAUUUCACUCCUCAUGCUAGGGCUGUAUGGACUGUUUGUAUUUGACUCCUUUUUAGGGAUCAAAAGACAUGUUUUGCGUUGUCUUGACAACAAUCUAGUAGUGACUUUGUUAAAAAAAAAGUAAAGUUCGCACUUCCGCGUUAC